AUGGAGCCUCUUCCUGACCGUGAGCCCACGCCGGAAGUCGAAAUGACGGAACCAGAGCAGCCAGUGGAUGCACCAGUGGGCCUCGCCACCUUGAGACAACCGAUGAAAAACAAAAAAAACGUCGACAUCGGCACGCUCCGCCAGAACGGCGACAGCCCUGAUUCUUGGCGGUUCACAUUCAUCUUGAACUUCGGGCGAUACGGCAAGCCAGCGUUCAUGUUAAGGUGCCGUCGAAACAAGGUUGCAACUCAAAAACUGGAUGAGUCGAAGUCAGAUUCUUACCUUGAAGUCACGUUUGAGUGGCAACCAGGGGUUUCCUUUCUUAACAAGAACGGGGAGAAGUUGUACCAACUUGAUAACCUCGCACGUAACGUGCUUAGCAAGGAAAACGUGCCUCUGCUCGCCAAACUGGGGUGGUAUUAUCCUCGAGCUGGUUCGGAGAUUGAAAAGCUCAGCGAUUCUGAUAAGGCAGGAUGUGUAAAUAUCAACUUCCAAAGCAGGACGCCCCGUAUUGAAACCGACGUGAUCAAGACUCAGGCCAUCGCGAACACCACGGAGGCAGAGAAAGAGUUCAUAGGAGAUCUGUAUUCCGAGGAUGUGGUUGAUAUGUCAGUGACAUUCCUCCUACCUCUUGGUUCGCAGUAUUCGGACCGCGGAAUCGAUGGAUCUCGGGAAAGAUCGUUAUAUUUCUUGAAUAUUGAAUAUCCAAAUUUUCAAGAUGCCUUCGAAAACAGGCUAGCCACCUUUAUAUCCAUAUUGCGACUUUUCCACCCCGGAGAGAAAGUUGAACACAAGAGAGAGGCUCUUGAGGCCGAGCUACAAGAGACAGGCGCCAUUGCUCGGUGGCCACCCGGUGAUGCCUUCUACCAUUACAGAAAACAGAUAUUCUUCACUAGUACCGGCGAGUUUUUGACGCAUGUCCUCGGCUCUGUUGUGCGAGACCAACAAUGGGUCGAGGGUGAGUACAUGGCUUACUCGGCCCAAGAUAUCAACUUUGCUGUUGUGAGGAGCUACCAGGCUCAGGUUCCGGGAGAUGUUCAGUUGACAGAGGAAGAUAAAGCUCGUCGACAGGGCUUUUUCCUCUAUGGAUAUCUUCCUAAGGAUAAGAAACUGCAUUUGCCGGCGCUCGACAGCCAGUGGAACAUCGAGUUCAAAAAGACUGUGGUUGGCAAACAAAUACAUCAAGAGCGGCACCUGCGCUGGACUGGCUACGUCAAACCCAUAACGGACGACGAGCGCCAGGUUACAGGUGCCCAGUUUGUUAUGGUUGCCACACGACCUCUGGGAGGUCAGCGAAUUCGUUGGGCGCCAAGCAUUCACGAAUUGGCCCCCGGCAACUACCAUCCAGGAAGGAUGACACAGAUUAUCGACCGAGUCGGGCAGGACCGCAUCCUCAAGGCUUGCAAAGAGUUUUGUGAUCCACUGAGGACAGACCUCGAAAACUUUAGGAUUCCUUUGAUCUUCACCAAAGAGAUCAAAGCAUUCCAUCAUGUCAACUUGAUAGCCGGUGGAGAUCCCAAGAACGAUGACCAAAACCGCACAUUCUUCGAUUGGGUUUUCAAUCCCAUUCAAGGCAGACUCAAUAAAGACCAGAAGCAGAUCUUCGAGAGAGACCUUCGACAGGUCUGGAAUGGCACCAAGUUCGUCAAGGGUGGUCCUGGAUGUAUAAAGACGUCCACCAUGGCAUGGGUGGUGCUCUUGCUGAGUCUCAUUGACCAUAAGGUCAUGAUCGUGGCCGAAGACAAUGGCUCUGUGAACCAAUUCAUGAAGACCUUGGAAAGCGUCCGCGUGGAACUUGGAUCAGCGGCUAUUCAAAGCAAAUCUCAAGAGUCUAAGGCCCUCAUAGACCAGCUCAGUGGGCAUAUACACUUUCGUUUCGAGCCUCCUGUUCAGGAGAAGGAUGCGUUGCUUGACAACGAUUUCGGCAAAGGGAACAUGCAUCGUACGGGCCGACCAGACGACCCAGAUGCCUGGAAGAAUACUGCAGACGCCAUGAGUUUGGUCAUGGCUUCGCUAGCCCAUCGGGAAGCUCUAGCACAGAUGAAUGCAGAGAUUGCUAAGAGAGCGGAGUUGGAAGGGGAAUUGAGUCGUCAUCAAGGCGAUUUAAAACGACUACAAUCUGAGUAUGCUCGAAGAGCGGUGAGGUCCGACAAGCUCAACAAGUUUCCUGCCAGACAGUUCAUUGUCUACCUCAUUGAGGUGUUGCGAGAUGCUAAGAGGCAGGACCAGCUAGCGCCUUCCGACGAACGAUUUUCCCUGAUCGACACCUACGACAAAGCACAAGAGGCCUUGCUUAGGGGACAGGGAAAUCCGAGAAAGCUUGCAAGUGCCCUCAGCAUUGCAACCGACGCACUCUAUGCUUGGGUCGCCAGGAGCUCGCAUGUGCUCGGUACAACACAUGGUAGUUGUGUGAACGUUCUGGUCAAGGGCAACUUCCGCCCUACGGUCGUGGUGCACGAGGAGGGAUCAAGGGUGAAGGUCCCAACUGCACUGUGCGCUAUGUCUUUCGAGAAUGUCAAGGCCCAUAUAUUUAUGGGUGACCUUCAUCAGCUGCCGCCAUUUCAAUCAUCAAAGACGAUGAACGAGUUUAGUGAAAUGGGAGAGUUGUCAAUUCUACAACUCUACGAAGACAAGUGA